CAAAUAAGAUCCCUGAGAAGAACAGUAGUGAGGUCUGUCCUGCAUCGGAUCUCAGCUUCUACUAUGGCUCACAGAAUCCUGCACUUCAUCACUGACUUCUUCGUCUACGAAACAGCCAAAUCAGUUGUGGUGAAGAGCUGGUCUGUCGGAAUCAUCAACCGUGUCGUCCAGCUGCUAAUUAUUCUCUAUUUCAUCUGCUGGGUGUUUAUGCAUGAAAAAGGCCACCAGCUGCGGGACACGGGAAUCGAGUCUGCGGUCAUGACCAAAGUGAAGGGCUUGGGCAGAUUCGACAAGCGCGUGAUGGACGUGGCGGACUAUGUAAUUCCCUCACAGGGCGGUUCCUCCUUCUCCGUCAUCACCAGCAUGGUCAUCACACCCAAUCAGACUCAAGGACUAUGCACUGAGACCGAUGUGAAGCUGAGGUUUAAUUGCACUGGCGAUGAUGACUGCAUGGCAAAAAUGGGCUCAAAUUUAGGAAACGGUAUUAUAACGGGCAAAUGCUUGAACAAUGAUAAAAACACAACAGGAUGGUGUGAAAUUGAAGGCUGGUGCCCUGCAGAGGAUGACAACAAUCUGGCACCGUCAGUGACGGGGGUGGAGAACUUCACCAUCUUCAUCAAGAACAGCAUCCGCUUCCCUCUGUUUAACGUCACUAGAGGAAACUUCCCUUCAAACCUAAACAAGGACAAAAUUCGAGGCUGUCAUUACGACCCGGUGCAAAAUCCGUUCUGUCCCAUCUUUAAAGUGGGAGAUAUCCUGAGACACAUCAAUCAAAGUUUGGACAGCAUUACUAAAAAAGUAGGAGAGAUUGGUAUUAACAUCAACUGGAAGUGUAACCUGGACUUUAAUGUGUCCCACUGCAAACCCAAGUACUUCUUCACACGCUUGGAUGCUGCUUUUGAGAACAGCAGUGGCUCCAACGGAUAUAACUUCAGGUUUGCUAAAUACUAUCAGUCUGAAGAUGGGACUGAACGCCGAACCCUUCACAAAGCUAACGCGAUCCGCUUCGAAAUAAUCGUGUCUGGCGAUGCAGGGAAGUUCAACACUGUGCCGUUUCUGAUUAAUCUGGUGGCAGCGUUCACUUCAGUGGGAUUGGCUACCGUGUUCUGUGACAUCAUCCUUCUCAACUUUCUUAAAGGGGCGGAGGAGUACAAAGCAAAGAAAUUUGAAGAGGUGACAGACGUCGUGUACAAGUCUGCGAACAACAGACUCAACGAGGGAAGCCAGAUGUCACUCAAGGCAAUGGAGAAGAGAUCAAACGACUCGGGGACCUUUUCUAUCGGACGACAGGAGUCACACAGUUGAACCAACGAGGCUUUUCAGACAAUACUCCUACUUCUAGAUUUGUGAUUUUUUUUUUUUUUCACUAAGUUUAAGUCUGUGAAGCUUUAGGGCUUCGUUUUGACAAAACGGGUUUAAAUAAAGGCUUUCUUGGGUCAACCACCAAUCCUGAGAAAACAUGCAUCUAUGCAUAUGCACUACCAGUCAAAAGUCUGCACACACCUGGUCAUUUUAAUUAUCGUUAUAGAAUAAUAAAGUCAUCAAAACUUAAAAACACAAAUGUAAGUAGUUACAUAGUAACCGAAAGUAUUAAAACAUUGCAUUUCUUAUCUUAUCUUUGAGCUUUCAAAUAUAGGAGAUUUCAAAUAUAUAUAUAUAUAUAUAUAUAUAUAUAUAUAUAUAUAUAUAUAUAUAUAUAUAUAUUGCUUUGAAUCUGGUCUAAUGUACAUCUAAUUUUCUCCAUUAAUUUAAAAACGAUCACAAUUUACUGUAUAUCAUAUUAUCUUCCUUAGAUAAAGUGUAAGAGUCAAACCUUUGACUGAUAGUGAAUAUAUACAAAGAGUAAUUAAACAGAAGCACAUCAAAUUUACAAAAAAGCUGUAAUUAAUUCAUUAAGUAAUAGAUAACUGUUCAGCAUAUAAAAUGUAUAUAUUAUUAGUAUACACACUGUUCCUUUCAAAAGGUAAAAGUAUACAUGUAUAUUUUGUGUUUAAAGUGAAUUAUCGGUCUAAAAUAAAUCAUACUGUUGUUUUUAUUUACUUGAACUAUGCCCUUGAGAUUGUAAGUAUUGUUACCUCAGAAAAUAAAUUGCACAACAUCUUUGCACAUUAA